UCAGCUGAUUGAUUUCAAAUGUCAGUUGUGUGUUUAUUUUCACCGAAUAAUAAGAUGUGGCUCAGGAGGUAUAGUAGAUUUUUGCGAGCCCCUAGGUAUAUAAUACUCCGAUGCCACUACUCCGACAGUAAAUCGCCACCAAAACUAACAACUCCCGCACAUUUCACUAGUCAAGUUGCACGACUAUUAGGGAUAGACUGGACUGCCUGCCGCGCUAUCAUCUCGGAACACCGUAAAAUAGCAUCAGUGAAAUAUGAAGACAUCGAGGAGAGCGUACGCAUGCUGGAGUCCUUCAAUUACUCCAAACAAGAUAUCUGCCGGCACCCGAUGCUGCUGCACACAAGCGCAGUCACCCUUCAGAAUCGCUAUACCGUCCUCCAAGAGUGCGGUUGCGUGAAAAUGACGAUCGAAAGCUUGGACAGGUUCAUUAUCAUGAUGAACCGCGAAAUUAGAAUAAUCAAACUCCACGGUAUCAUCCCAGAGGAAACGAAUGUCCUGCAGCAAUUAGUCGACUCAUUUCUUGAUGUCCGACUCAAGGUUGAUGCGAAACCUGAUGACAAUCAGCUUCUAAGGGUAGCGAGGGAAUGUGUCCUAAAUGCUUAUUUGAAGGAAAAGCUCGGCAUGAAUCAGGCGCAACUGGACAAAUUCUGGUACUCCUACAAAAGAAUUCGCCACAAAAGCUAUAAGUCCAUCAGCGAAAUGAUCGAGAUCCUCACCAAAGAAUUGAAUUUCUCGAAUGAGCGGAUUAUUAAGAACGGAUUUGUGCUGUAUGCUGACCCAGACAAUGUGCGUCGCUUUUUUGAGAAGGUCAAACAAAUCGGCGAUGAGGAUAUUCGUGAGAUCCUCUACCGGCGUCCGAAGAUAAUGAUGACUUCAUGCGAUGGAGUCAAGAAAAGUAUCGAACACAUCACCGCAUUCGGGGUUAAGGAAAAUUCCAUCAAUAAAUGUCUCGACAUUCUCACCUUGGGCUCUGAUACUGUUCUAGAGCGACUGAAAGACUUGGAUACAAUCGAGGAACUGCGAGCCCUCAAGUCUAACCCGCGAAUUCUGAGGCUGGUCCACUAUCAGAAUAAGGCGCGAAUGCGACUAGACUACCUAAAUCAGUUGAAAGUGAAAUGUGCCUCGCUUCAUGUUUUAUCCGCCCAUGCAAACGUUUUUGUGAGAUACACACAAGACGGAGCAGAUAAGGGAAAAGGUUGUGAUACCAUCAACUACCUCGCUAACGUCCUGAAACGAACGCCGCUGGAGGUGCGUGACAUGAUUUCACGGCACCCGAACUGGUGUCAUGUCCCAACAAUGACAGUCACGCAAAGUUACGAGUUUCUGGUCAGCAAACUAUUCAACAGCGAAGACAUUUUCCCGAAUCUCCAGAUUCUCCUGUAUCCUAUAAAACGAAUAAAUGAGAAACUCAUAUACCUACAAAAUGACAAGGCCUACGAAGACCUGAAGCUACCAAACAACAAUUAUACAACCGUCACAAAUCGGCAAACGUUGGCUUUAUGUCUGUACCUUAUUGAGCUGGAGUACCAUUUCACCGGCGAUGGCAUCUGGACUGAACAAGAUUUGCAUCCUGUGGAGAACUUUAACAGCAUUUUACCGGAUUUCCCAGAUAGUUGGAAGAAAGGAUACAAGUAUGGGACGAGACCUACACUUCUCAACAAAGUAGGUGGACAGGAUGAAGUGCACGCGAAUGUUUGACGUUAACUUAUGUUGUUAAUUUUACGAAAUCUCCAUAAGAAAAUAGAAAAAAAAUACAAUAA